CCACGCGAGGAUGGUCCCGUACUUUCGGAACUGAGGCUACGAGUGUAGACUUUGGAGCUGAACCCUCCGGAAGUUGUCGGCGGCGGAAGCGCGAUUCAAGAGAGCUAAUGUACCGAUGGAGGCUGCCAAGCGGUCGGAAAGAUUCGAGGUUAUCUGUCUGCAGUGCUUGGCAGAGUCUACUGACUGCAGUCUAUUUGUGAGGAACUUUGUAAACAGCUCGGCCGAACAGCGGGAAGACCUCGCACUUUGCAUGGAGAUAACAUAACCUGUGCGCGCCAACCUGUGUUCCCUGGUCCCCGGUUUCUAGCUUGGAUUGGCUGCGCGACACAUGCGUAAGACGACGCUCGACUGUAAGCCACAAUAGUGACAUGACCAUUAGGACAGCGAGACAUGGUGCGCUGAAGAAUCCCAGCUCAGGGUCCAAAAAGGGAACGUCGUCAAUGCAUUACCGGUACCUCUGUGCACUUCAUGAUGUACCUACCGUGAGUAGUACCUUUGAGUGGUGGUGGAAGGGGAAGAGUGUGGAAGAUCGGCGCCGACUACAAUUGAUUCGGACUCCACUCCGCUCAGCGGAUGCCCGUGCUGAGACCGCAUUUCCUGAUGCAUCCGUCUCGCAACCGACGUCAUCUCAUAUCCCCAAACAUGAAGAAACGGUUCCAGACCCCGAGUAUCUCAGCCAGUCUCAAAUAUACUGUUUAUCCCACCAUCUUGGGUAUGGACACCAAGGAGGGUCUGUCUUACUUGCGCAAGCCAGGCCAUGUCUCGCAUCCACCAAGGACUACUUUUAUCAGCAUGGUACAAGCGGAUACGAGUCUAGGUCUUCUUUAGAGUCCGCCUUUAUUCCCGGGACUCUGGAAGCUGUUUGCGUUUGAGUGGCUCACUUGUGAUGCUUGGGGCCCAGGCCCAGAGGGCCGUCUUCGGGACCAGCAUCCAUCCAGCAAGUCAUAUUACGACACAGGCGUCGGCAUUUGCGCUUGUCAGUCUUGGUGUGCUUAUUGCCGCAAACUAGACUCGGUGUCUCGCCGAACCCAAGGUACAGUGCAGUGCCUUUAACGUGAAAGACGGAAGGCCUACUGCCGAUGGCCACCGCAGCCAGACGAUACGGUAAGCGAGGCCUGUGCGUCUUAUGGCGGUAUACGGUGCUAUUCGCAUUCAUGCUCGAAGGAUCGUCCUCAUUCAUUGUCUGUAACUUGGACUAAGAGGCCCUCCAUUUCUCUGGAUCUGUAGCUGCUCCGCGAGACAGCCAAGGCUGAGCGCCCUACCAGUUCGAGGAAUCCGGCCCUCGAAUCUCGUGUGGUCUAACUAUCGUUGCACUUGCCCA